AUGAGUACGCUAUGCAGACCACCUCAAUCGCUGUUCAAGUUCCCUGCCACACUUCGCUCGAUAGCAGGACUACGACUCUAUGCCACCCAAACAGGCCUCGGAACUUCAUCAGCGACACAUCGUCCGAGAAGAAAAGCUGUCACCCCCUUUAACGACGACGGCAGAGUGGCUUGGGGGGACCUGACUGCAGGGGAGAAAGCUGCCAGGACGACCCAGCAAACAUUCAAUUUUGGCUUCAUUUUUCUGGGUGCAAUUUUGACUGGAGGUGUAGCAUUCGUGUUGUAUACCGAAGUCUUCUCUGCUGAUAGCAAGACCCGCGUCUUCAACAGAGCCGUCGACGAAGUGAAGAAAGAUUCACGAUGUACAGCCCUUCUCGGUGAUGGAAAGAAAAUCAUUGCUUAUGGAGAGCCAACAUGGAAUAAAUGGGCGAGGGCAAGGCCUUUAGCUUCUAGCCUACGAAAGGACCAAUAUGGCGUUGAUCAUCUUAUUUUGCAUUUCAAUGUUGAAGGGCCCUCGAAUAAGGGAGUUGUGAAUCUGCAUAUGAUCAAAAAACCUUCCGAUGACGAGUUCGUCUACAAAUACCUAGCGUUGGAUGUCAAAGGACAUCAACGAGUCUACCUGGAGAAUACCGAUGCGUCCCCUAACAGCCCUGCCAAGAGCAAGACGAAGUUCUUCGGUGUAUCGUGGCGCUAG